CAAAACGCUAGCCUACGCUUCCCUGGAUGUUACCGGCUAACCCACGCCUCUCCCCUCUCACACCUUUUUCUUAAAUUGUGGAUCAAUAAUGAGUAACUGCCAAGGCCACCCCUCUCCGGUCCCCUCUCUCUCUCUCUCUCCUCCACCAAAUGAUUUGAAGCAUUUACAUCGCUCUGCCCAGUUAAUUAACAAUCAUGUGGAAGGAUAAGGGAAUGGGGUUUACGUUGCUUCAUCUCCAACUUGUAUCAUUUGUUUUCUUGAGAUUUGUCAACAGUGGUAGUGCUGGAGUGACAAGUGCUUUUGUUCGUACAGAGUGGCCAUCUACUGACAUUCCUCUCGAUAAUGAAGCAUUUGCAGUUCCUAAAGGUUAUAACUCGCCACAACAAGUACACAUCACUCAAGGUGACUACGAUGGAAAGGCUGUUUUAAUCACAUGGGUGACGGCUGAAGCACCAGGGUCCAACACAGUACAUUAUGGAAAAUCAGAUAGCAACUAUGAAUUUACUGCGGAGGGGACAGUGACAAACUACACUUUCUACAACUAUAUGUCUGGUUUCAUUCAUCACAUUCUCGUUGAUGGCCUUGAGUAUGACACCAAGUACUUUUACAAUAUCGGAGAUGGUAAAUCUGCUCGAGAGUUCUGGUUUCAAACACCACCAGAGAUUGGUCCGGAUGCUCCUUACACAUUUGGUAUUAUUGGUGAUUUGGGUCAAACAUAUAAUUCUCUUUCCACUGUUGAGCAUUACAUGCGGAGUGAAGGGCAAACAGUUUUAUUUGUUGGAGAUCUUUCAUAUGCUGACAGAUACAACUAUAAUGAUGUUGGUGUCCGUUGGGAUACUUGGGGUCGUUUUGUCGAACGUAGUACAGCCUAUCAGCCUUGGAUUUGGUCAGCUGGGAAUCACGAAAUAGAGUACAUGCCAUAUAUGGGGGAAACUGUUCCUUUCAAAUCGUAUCUCCACAGAUACAAAACACCAUUUGCAGCCUCGAAAAGCACUAAUCCACUCUGGUAUGCUAUCAGACGUGCAUCUGCCCAUAUCAUUGUGUUAUCCAGCUAUUCUCCUUUUGUGAAAUACACUCCUCAAUGGAGGUGGUUCAUAGAGGAAUUGAAAAGGGUUGACAGGGAGAAAACACCUUGGCUCAUUGUAAUUAUGCAUGUUCCUAUCUACAACAGCAAUGAAGCCCACUUUAUGGAGGGUGAAAGCAUGCGGUCUGUCUACGAGAGUUUGUUUGUCCAUUACAAGGUUGAUGUAGUCUUCGCUGGUCAUGUCCAUGCUUAUGAAAGAUCGUACCGAAUUUCCAACGUCCACUAUAAUGUAUCAAGUGGUGAUCCUUAUCCUGUACCUGACAAAGCAGCUCCUGUCUACAUAACUGUUGGAGAUGGAGGCAAUCAAGAAGGCCUAGCUGGGAGGUUUAGAGAUCCCCAGCCAGAUUAUUCUGCAUUCCGAGAAGCCAGUUAUGGACAUUCUACAUUAGCGAUAAAGAAUAGAACACAUGCGAUCUACCAUUGGAAUCGGAAUGACGAUGGAAAAAAGGUGGCAACUGACUCGUUCAUAUUAUAUAAUCAGUACUGGGGAAAUAACAGGCGCAGGAGAAAACUGAAAAAGAAUCAUCUCCAUAAAAUCAUUACAGAAGUACUAACGAAUGGUCUGUGACUUAAACAAGCUCAGUGAGGAGGAAACAGCCGUGAAUGUAUGCAAUGUGCAUUUUUCCCAAGUUGAACCGUUGGAACUGAUUGUAGCGAUUGUUCUAGGAGAUGAGUAAUUCAAGGCAUUGAACCAAAAUAAACGAGUAAUUCCAAUGCAAUGUCUUGUGUUCAUGAUGAGCAUUCAACAAUGUACUAUGAUGGGUACUAUGAUGGCAUCAAAAUCAGACCCAUUUUUUUGUUAUUUGGAAAAUGAUGUAGUAAACGCAAAAAAACCCAAUAUUACUGGAUAAAAUUGACACUCGUAAUGCUCUGAUUCGCAUUGAUGGAAUCCGUACCCAUUCUUUGA